AUGCGAGCACGCAGACGGAAUGUCCUAGGAUCCGAAGUAGAUCGCGAGUCUGUGACUACGAAUACGGAAAACAGCUCGCGACCGCAACAACGGCUACAUUGUCACGAUGACGAUGCGAGUAGCGAACUAUUGAGCGGGAUCGUCUCAGACAAAAAAUCGCAAAAUACUAGUACGACGACGACGACGAUGACGAUGACGUCCCGCGACAGGACUAACGAGUUCGUCAACGCGAUUCGCUCAAUGCAGAGCAGAUCCGCUGCGCGGACCGCUGCCGUCGGUGCGACAAUACAGAAUCCUCGCCGCGCGCGCCAGUUACAAAGCUACUCGAAUUUCAUGAUGACAGCCAAAAACAUAGGCAAAAACAUCGCCAGCACAUAUACCAAACUGGAAAAGCUUGCCCUAUUGGCCAAAAAGAAGUCCAUAUUCAAUGACAGACAAAUGGAGAUUGAAGAACUUACUAAUAUAAUAAAAACAGACCUGAAAAGCUUGAAUAUUCAAAUUGGAAAACUACAAGAGCUUGGAAAAUCCCAGAAAGAAGGCUUUGGAUAUUCUCAAAGUCAUCACAUUGCUUCACAUUCUUCUUCGAUCGUGAUGGCAUUGCAAUCAAAGCUAGCAAAUAUGUCUAAUAAUUUCAAAACUGUUUUAGAAGUUCGCUCUGAGAAUAUGAGAGAAGAGCAAAGCAGGAGACAGCAAUUUACUCAAGGAUCUCUAUCGACUAUGCUCCCUCCGAGUGUUGUUUCAGGAAGACAAGGUUCUCUGUUACUACAGGAAGAAACUAGUAAUGCAGUCGCGAUAAACUUGGAGCCAACAAUAAAUCAUCAAUUAAUACAACAAGCUAUACAAGAUGAUACUGAUGCCUAUGUCCAAUCACGAGCUGAAACUAUGCAGAACAUAGAAUCCACUAUAGUCGAAUUAGGUGGUAUUUUCCAGCAAUUAGCACAUAUGGUUCAAGAACAAGAAGAAAUGGUCGAAAGGAUAGAUAGCAAUAUAGAGGAUACCGAAUUGAAUGUGGAAGCUGCACACACUGAAAUUCUAAAGUACUUUCAGUCUGUGACGAACAAUAGGUGGCUAAUGAUAAAGAUAUUUGCAGUUCUGAUAUUUUUCUUUGUAUUUUUCGUAGUGUUCUUGGCAUAACACUUGCGAUAAUUAUUUAUAAUUAUUUCUAAUAUCAUUAUUUUUUACCAUCCAUAUCCACACUAUUUGUGAUAAUAAGAAACAGUUGCGAAACAAAACAAUUUUUACGAAGUUAUGACACGAACGUGUAAUGUAGGCUACACGAAAAGGAUUCCGUGCAUUCCUUAUCCCUUUUCCCUAUGAAUUGUGAAUAUUGUAACUACUAAUUAAAUGCGGCAUUACUUGUACAUCGCGUCUUGCUGAAAAUAUAAAAUGUAUAAAAAGGAGAUAUUUCUAUUAGAUAAAUGAGAAUAUAUAAUUUUUAUGUUGAA